CGCGCAGAUCAUUUCUCACAGGAGGUCAGGUCAAAACCUUUACGGCAGUUGUGAAUAUCUCUGAAAUACGGCAGGUUCUUCCAUUACAAAACCUGCGUGUUUUUGCGAACGAAUUUCGAAUUUUAAAGUAAUAAGGAUGAUAAGGCGUAUCCAAUGGCUAAGGCCCUCCAUCAAACACCUCCUCUGGUUCGCUGCAAUAUGGCUGCUGACUUUCGCCGUUCUAAAAACCGCCCACGACUCCGCCCUCAUGCUCGCGCCAUGGCCAGAACCCGCCAACACGACCUCGAACUGGCUCAAAACCUCCGUGGACCCCGAUUACCCAUUCAAGAACGAAGAGAAAAACGGUCGCGAAGGAAAAAAACGUCACGAAGGGAAAAACAGUCACGAAGAGAAAAAAAGUCACGAAGAGGAAAACAGUCAUGAAGGGAAAAACAGUCACGAAGGAAAAAACAGUUACGAAGGGAAAAACAGUCACGAAGGGAAAAACAGUCACGAAGGGAAAAACAGUCACGAAGAGAAAAACAGUCACGAAGAGAAAAAAAGUCACGAAGAGAAAAAAAGUCACGAAGAGAAAAACAGUCACGAAGCCGCUCACGACGGCACGUGCUCCUGCGCCUUCGAGCGGACUGAGAGGGAUUUCUUCCUUGCGAAGGAGUACGAGAAGAAGAUCCCCAGGCUCAAUACAACGGCGCUGGAGCUUCUGGAGUCUUCUCACCCCAACCUCCCGGCGACUUUCCUGCACCAACGAGGCCUCGCGGGCGGCUGCGACCUCCUGCCCUCUCAGUUCGGCGUCGCGUGGCACAACGAGGUGUGGCAGGAGGCGGCCGGAGGCGCCGAGGCGGGCGAGAGCAUCUUCCUGUACUCGGCUUUCUACGACCCGAGGACGGGCACCGAUCUGCCCCCGUGCGUGAGGAUCCUGGGGAUGAGCCAGCGAGAGAACCCGGACUCGAUGUGGUGCCAGCUGUGGUUCGACGCCCGCGCCGCGCCCGUGGCCGCCAGGGUGGUCGACGUCGAUCAUAUCGAUUACCAAGGAAAGGACCCCGGACGCCAGAUGCCCUUCCUGUUCACGUGCCCCCUCCCUGCCCCCGUGGCCGACCUGGUGCCCUCCGCCGUGUCACUGGCCCCCCUCCCCUGCAGCCCCGCCAGGAACGUCCUCAAGGUCGUGGGAGGUCGAGAGCGAGCGUCGUCUGCCUUCGUCGGCGAGCAGGACGGUAAGAACGCCCCUGCCUGGAACGUCGCCGUCUGCGGCCCCGCCCUCUAUUACUACAACGAAGACAUCUCCGAUCGCCUCAUCGAAUGGCUCGAGAGGCUGCGGGCCAUGGGCGUGGCGAAGGUUUUCCUGUACGAGACUGACGUGGCGCCCAAUAUUAGCCAGGUUCUCCGCCACUACGAAGCAGAUGGCUUUGUCCACACCUUACCUUACUCUUACCCACCGCCGUAUCCGAAUCAUCCGGCGACGCGAUGGAUAUGGAGACACCACGAAAACGCCAAGAUGUUCAGCCAAGAGAACAUCUACUUCAGCGACUGCGUGUUGAGGCACAUGCACGAGUACCGCUUCAUCGCCCACUUCGACCCGGAUGAAGUGCCUAUCCUGCUGCGCCACGAGUCUCUCCCCGCGCUGGUCGGCGAUCUGCUCAGGUCCUCUGCGGGUUUCGCACAACCGACCUAUUAUCUGAAUAUGAUCGACUUGUACGAGGACCUCCCCCACACAGAGAAGGUGCGCGGAGUCCCUCCUUCCCUAUGGUUUCUCAGGCACAGUAUAAGACCCAAGGAGGACCCUGAAUAUACAAACCCGAUGGCGAAACCCAUCUUUGACAUGGACAUCGUACGCGGUGUGUCUUCGCACAUUCACAUUACUUGUGUUGUUAUGUGCGAGUCCACAAACCGUGUAAGCCCGAGUGUAGCUUACCUAGGUCACUUUAAAGGACCGUGUGGAGAGAAAUGCCGAGACAGAGAUUUAUUGAGGACAGAGACAGCACAUUUUCGGAACAGGGAAUCUAUUCUCCAAGCUGUUACUUCCAUUAAGAAAAAGAUACAGUUGAUAUAACUUAGUCUUAGCUUUGAGUAUGAAGUCUUUACUUACUCAGUUUAAUUUAGUUUAGUUAAUAGACUUUGGGAAGUUAGUUCCAACACUUGUUUUUUUUCUUCUUUCUUUCUUUCUUUCUUUUUUGAUGAAUGAAUGAAUGAAUGUUACCCUUAGUUUUUUCAACCAGUAUGAGAGUUUGUUAACCCUCAAUCUGUAACAGUUAGUCAAGUCAUAGCAGAAGGCAAGUUGUUUGUAAUAUUUAUUAUACGUACUCAUUGCCCUAAUCCCGUAAUAUCUGUUUAACAAAGAAGAG